AGUAAAAAUGCAUUGGCGGUCAAUAUGUUGCCCGGUAUGCACUCCAUCGGCUCCAACCCCAAAAAGAACAUCGCAGGUGGUGAAAAUGGCGGUGGUGAAAACGCAGUACGGAGUGCUGCAGGGCUGCGUGUGUGAAGGCACGGAAGGGAGCUAUGUUGCGUUCAAGGGCAUCCCAUACGCUAAGCCGCCGGUUGGAGAUCUCAGAUUCAAGGCUCCCGAACCACCGGAGCCGUGGGAGGCGAUCCGCGACGCGACACAACACGGCCCCGUCUGCCCGCAAUUCAACGAGCGCCUGGACCGCAUCGACCUCGGCAGCGAGGACUGCCUCUACCUCAACGUGUACUCCAAGACCCUCACGCCCCCCCACCCCCUCCCCGUCAUGGUCUGGAUACACGGCGGCGGGUUCUACACCGGCUCCGGAAACUCCGACUUCUACGGACCCGACUUCUUCAUGGCACAUGAUGUUAUACUCGUCACUUUUAACUACCGACUAGAGGUGCUAGGGUUUCUGUGCUUGGAAAGUGAAGAGGUCCCUGGCAAUGCUGGUCUUAAAGACCAGGUAGCAGCUUUGAAAUGGGUGAAGCAGAAUAUUGCCGCUUUCGGCGGUGACCCGAACAACGUAACUAUAUUCGGAUGCAGCGCGGGAGCGGCCUCUACAUCCUUACAUUUAGUGUCUAAAAUGAGCCAAGGGUUAUUCAAUAAAGCUAUUUGCCAAAGCGGCGUGUGCUUGAACGAAUGGGGCUACACUUUAUACGGCCGGAAAAGAGCGUUUCAGCUGGGAAAGCGACUAGGCCUAGACACAGAGAACCCGCAAGAAUUAUUAGAAUUCUUAAGAACUGUACCAGCCUCGUCUUUAAUUAGUAUACAAUUGCCGUUUAUAGAGUCAGGAUUGAGUGACAUCGCUGAUGGUAUUCUGUUCGGGCCUGUGAUUGAAAACACUGAACUCAACGUAGAAAAGUUUAUAACAGAUCUCCCUCCAGACUUGGUAAAAUAUGGGAAAAUAGCUAAUGUCCCAGUCAUAGUUGGUUACACAUCUGGAGAAGGUAUUGAAAUAGCUAGAAAAUUACCGACUCUGAUCCCGUUCUUACCCGUGCCUGGAGCAGUUGUCCCACGAGAAUUGAAACUAAAAUGGGAAACUGAUAAAAUACAUGCAGCAGAUAAGAGAAUUAGGAAAAUAUACUUCGAUGGGAACGAAGUAACACCAGAAAUGUUGCAGGAGGUAGCUAAUCUCGAAACGGAUAGAAUGUUUUCGUAUAACAUACGUAGAUACGCUCGGUAUCACUGCUUGUAUAACACAGAGCCGGUAUAUUUGUACAAGUUCACACCAGAGACUGAAAGAAACUAUACGAAGAAGCUCUAUAAGAUGGAGAGCGUGAAGGGCGUGUGCCAUUCUGAGGAGCUGCACUAUUUAUUCCACGUGACGUGUCUGGACAUACCGUUGACGGACGAGUCGAGGGGUGUUAUACGACAAGUAGUAAAACUAUGGACGAACUUUGCUAAAACGGGGAAGCCCACCGCUGAUAAUUUCACAGAAUGGAAACCGUUCUUCGAAACGGAACGCAAUUGCUGCAUAAUCGGAUCCAAGCUCAGCUGCGUCCAAGAUGUGGAUGGGGAGCAUAUGAAAUUCUGGGACGACAUCUAUGGAGAAGCCGAGAUAAAAAGACUGUAACU